AUGGGCAGCAACAAGAGUAAGCCCAAGGAUGCCAGCCAGCGGCGCCGCAGCCUGGAGCCUGCCGAGAACACCCACGGAGGCGGCGGCGGCGGCGGCGGUGGGGGUGCCUUCCCCUCCUCACAGACCCCCAGCAAGCCAGCCUCCUCUGAUGGCCACCGUGGCCCCAACGCGGCCUUCGCCCCUGCAGCCGCUGAGCCCAAGCUAUUCGGAGGCUUCAACUCCUCGGACACAGUCACCUCCCCGCAGAGAGCGGGGCCCCUGGCUGGCGGAGUGACCACCUUCGUGGCCCUCUAUGACUAUGAGUCACGGACAGAGACUGACCUGUCUUUCAAGAAAGGGGAGCGGCUUCAGAUUGUCAACAACACAGAGGGAGACUGGUGGCUGGCCCACUCACUCAGCACAGGACAGACGGGCUACAUCCCCAGCAACUAUGUGGCGCCCUCUGACUCGAUCCAGGCCGAAGAGUGGUACUUUGGCAAGAUCACCAGACGGGAGUCAGAGCGGUUACUGCUCAAUGCGGAGAACCCAAGAGGGACCUUCCUAGUGCGAGAAAGCGAGACCACGAAAGGCGCCUACUGCCUCUCGGUGUCUGACUUCGACAACGCCAAGGGCCUCAACGUGAAGCACUACAAGAUCCGCAAGCUGGACAGCGGCGGCUUCUACAUCACCUCCCGCACCCAGUUCAACAGCCUGCAGCAGCUGGUGGCCUACUACUCCAAACAUGCUGACGGCCUCUGCCACCGCCUCACCACUGUGUGCCCCACGUCCAAGCCGCAGACUCAAGGUCUGGCCAAGGACGCCUGGGAGAUCCCCCGGGAGUCACUGCGGCUGGAGGUCAAGCUGGGCCAGGGCUGCUUCGGAGAGGUGUGGAUGGGGACCUGGAACGGCACCACCAGGGUGGCCAUCAAAACCCUGAAGCCUGGUACGAUGUCUCCGGAGGCCUUCCUGCAGGAGGCCCAGGUCAUGAAGAAGCUGAGGCAUGAGAAACUCGUGCAGCUGUAUGCCGUGGUGUCCGAAGAGCCCAUCUACAUUGUCACGGAGUACAUGAGCAAGGGAAGUUUGCUGGACUUUCUCAAGGGGGAGACAGGCAAGUACCUGAGGCUGCCUCAGCUGGUGGACAUGGCUGCACAGAUCGCCUCAGGCAUGGCUUACGUGGAGCGGAUGAACUAUGUCCACCGAGACCUCCGGGCUGCCAACAUCCUGGUGGGAGAGAGCCUCGUGUGCAAAGUGGCUGACUUCGGGCUGGCUCGACUCAUUGAAGACAACGAGUACACAGCCCGGCAAGGUGCCAAAUUCCCCAUCAAGUGGACGGCUCCGGAAGCUGCCCUCUAUGGCCGGUUCACCAUCAAAUCAGAUGUAUGGUCCUUUGGGAUCCUGCUGACGGAGCUCACGACAAAGGGACGAGUGCCCUACCCCGGGAUGGUGAACCGCGAGGUGCUGGACCAGGUGGAGCGGGGCUACCGGAUGCCCUGCCCACCUGAGUGUCCCGAGUCCUUGCAUGACUUGAUGUGCCAGUGCUGGCGGAAGGACCCGGAGGAACGGCCCACCUUCGAGUACCUGCAGGCCUUCCUGGAGGACUAUUUCACGUCCACCGAGCCCCAGUACCAGCCCGGAGAGAACCUAUAG